GACCGACGCUGAUGGUACCGGAUUGGUAUGACAAGGAAGCUAUAAAGCACCCGGAGAUCCAAACCCAUCUGUCUGCCUUCUUAUCUACUUCUUCCAGUCCUUAGGCCUAAGUGUGUUGUUUGUACUACAUAAAGCAAACGACCUCUUUCAACUUGUGUUUGUUAUCUUUCCUAAGCACCCUACCCACGAUGCACUUUUCAAACCAUGUUGUGGCCGCUCUGGCCAUCGCAGCUGGCACGGUUCAUGCUGCCCAGAAUGAAGCGUCAACGGCGGUCUCUGAAUAUCCAAGUGCCGCUGCCUCCGUGAAGCACCCCGGCCCAGAAUAUAGUACUCCUGAAGCCAAACCCACAGCUUCCACCGUUCCCACAGCAUAUCCCAAUGCCGCUGGGACAGAGUCCGCGGCGCCUAUUCCAGCCGCUGGCUCUAGUGCCCCGGUUGCAGAGUCCCCUGCUCCUAAGACGAGUGUCCCACUCAUCAAGUCGAGUACUCCCCAGACUCAGCCGGCUGCCAGUGUUCCUGCUGCUGCUGCCACUACGCCUGCCGCGGAUGCUCAACCCCCAGCUGCUGGAUCUAGUGUUCCUGCAGCUGCCGUCGCCACGACACCCGCCGCGGAAGGCCAACCUCCCGCUGCUGAAUCCAGUGUUCCUGCAGCUGCCGUCGCUACGACGCCCGGCGCAGAGACCCAGCCCACCGCUGCCCAGACAAGUGUGCCUCUUAUCAAGCCCUCUGCGGAGAGCGAGGCCGCUCCUGAAACAAGUGCCCAGGCCACUCAGCCUUCUGUCCCGGCAGUCGCACCCGAAAUUCCUCUGACCACCGCACCUACUACCAAAAUUCCUCUCACCACCGGUACCCCCAGUACCGAAACGCACAAGUACUCCAACUCAACUACUUCAAAGACAACCCUCUCGACCGCAACCGGCGGCAGCAACGGUGGCGGUGGUGCCACUGUUCCGGCCGCACCCACCACCACCGGAUUCGAGCCGUCCAGCUCAGGCAUCAAGAUGAUUGUCCCCGGCCUGGCCCUUGUCGGCAGCAUCGCCAUGGGCCUGCUCAUGCUCUCAUAAACAACAGACCCCUAAUACUGUCUCUCGUUUGAUUUCUGAUACUACCCAUCAUUCGGAUGUUGCAUGUACCCAAAGCGGCUGUUUUAUAGAUGCGAGUACUCACUCUGCCCUGAAUAUUCUAAUAAUCCCCAAUGAGAAGUGGAAGCUCAUACAUUCCUUUAUUGAUUCCUCCUAUCAUUCCCUCAUCCAUCUUACUCACAUCUUUGCUACUCUCCUUUUACAC